GAGGGCGAGUCAGAGACAGGUACGUACACGACCGGGAAACUUCCUUAUUCUGGAGAACGAAAGUCUGAGCUGCAGAUAUCACAAAGCUGUGAGGCCUCAGCAUCUCCACCAUGUCUGUCGCUUACAAGGAUCAGCUCUACGCUGAGCUGAAGAAGCAGCACAACCAGAAGGGGACGCUGUUUGAAGACCCAGAGUUCCCAGCCACCAAUUCAUCGCUUUAUUUCCACAAACCCCCUCCUGGAGUUGUGCAGUGGAAACGACCCAGGGAAAUAUGUGAAAACCCACAUCUCUUUGUGGAAGGCAUCAGCUCUCAUGACUUGAACCAGGGGAUUGUGGGAAACUGCUGGUUUGUUGCUGCCUGCUCCUGCCUGGCUUUAAAACCAGACCUCUGGGAGAAGGUAAUUCCUGACUGGAAGGAGCAGGAGUGGGACUCAAACUACGCUGGGAUUUUCCACUUCAGGUUCUGGAUUUUCGGUCAGUGGACAGACGUGGUGAUAGACGACCGACUGCCGACAAUCAACGGACAACUCAUCUACUGCCAGUCAAAACAAAACAAUGAGUUCUGGAGCGCCCUGCUGGAGAAAGCCUACGCCAAGCUGUUUGGCUGCUAUGAGUCCCUGGCUGGAGGCAACACUGGAGAUGCUGUGGUGGAUUUCAGUGGAGCCGUGGCGGAAGCCAUCGACCUGCAGAAAGAGAAAUACUACGCGGAACAAACCAAAGAAGAUAAAUUUUUUGAGGAUAUUCUCAAGGUGUGGAAUCGCGGAGGAAUCAUCAGCUCCUCCAUCAAGCCGCAGGGAUUUGGGCUUGAGUCGAGGACGGAUAACGGGCUGGUGCGAGGCCAUGCGUACUCGGUAACUGACGUGAAACGAGUGCGUUUGGGUCACGGGCUGCUGGCCUACUUCAGGAAUGAAACCAUUCCACUCAUCCGCCUGAGAAACCCCUGGGGUAAAACUGAGUGGACAGGAGCGUGGAGUGACAGUUCUGAAGAAUGGUCAAAGGUCGGUGACACAGAAAGAGGCAACCUCGGCAUCACAGUGGCGGACGAUGGAGAGUUUUGGAUGUCAUUCACAGACUGGUGCAAGAACUUCACUGAUGCAGACGUUUGUCGCAUAAUAAACACCUCACUGAUCAGCAUCCAUAAGACCUGGAAUAAGGAAGUGAACUUUGGGAAAUGGACUCGAAACAGCGACCCCCUGCUGAACCGCUGCGGUGGCUGUACCAACCACAGGCAGACAUUUCUGCAGAACCCACAGUACUUGUUUGAUGUUACCAAAGAAUCUGACGAGGUCCUGAUCUCACUGCAGCAGAAAGACAGAAAGAUCUACAGGAAAGAAGGUCAAGGAGACAAUCUAAGCAUCGGCUUCACCAUCGUAAAGGUGGAGGUGAACAGGAAGUAUCGGCUGCACGACUUGGUGACGCAACAGCUUCUGCAUACCUCCACCUACAUCGACGCUCGGUCGGUGUUCAUGAGAUGUGAGCUGCCACAGGGCCGAUAUGUCGUCAUCCCGACCACCUUCAAGCCUUUCACAGAAGGAGAGUUCAUGCUCCGGCUUUACACGGACGUGGACUCCGGCUGCCGGGAGCUGUUGAAGGACAAACCACAGCCUAAAUGUUGGACUCCGCUCUGUGGAUAUCCUCAAGUUGUUACUCACAUAUAUGUGGACAGAGCUGAGAUCGGUCAGCAAGACCAGGCGGAGGACAUAAACCCAUAUGUGAUCAUUUCCUGUGAGAGCCAAUCAGUGAGGUCCACCACCAAGAAGAACUCUUUGACCCCGGUUUUUGAAUUUAGCGCCAUUUUCUACAGGAAGAAGGUCGCAGAGCCCAUAACAGUGCAGUUGUGGAGCGAUGACCUUGGAUCGGACACAUUCUUAGGCCAAGUCAUGCUGUCCGGGAGGCCUGAGGACGCCUCUCACCCUCAGCAGCUCCAGCUGAAGAAUAAAGGCAGUAAGAAGGCGGAUAAUAUGCCCGGCAAAAUCGCCCUGAGGCUCGUCACUUCAAACGAGCUGACGGCCUUCUAAUGAGACAUUUGAAACGUACAGUAUUAAGUGUCAUCGAUGAACUGAAACAGCUUGAACACCGUCCAUUAUUAUUUUUAGAAAGUUAGGAGGAAAGCAAGAUGAUUCUGACCAGAUUGUGGGUUCAUUUUGACUUCUUUUUAGAAACAUGUUUUUGUUGA